AUGCGAUAUGUGUUAAAUUUGAACCGAUUUCCAUGCGAGUGGCUGGUCAUCAAUUUACUAAGGUGGGGUGCGGGAGGGGCAAGCUCAGGCUCCUCUAACCCCUUAUUUUACAUUUCACACUCCGGGAAAAUCGUUAGAGAAAUCUGCGUAUCGUGCAUGUCCGAGAUACACGCACACACACGCGCGCCCGCUGCUAAGAAAAGAUCCGCUUUAAUUGAAUUCCCGCGCUGUAAAACUGGGACGUGUAGCUGGGGCCAGAUCGGGCGCAAAGCAGAAGUCCGAGCGAUAUCGGAAGUCUUAGGCCGCGGGUGGUCACAUACAUUAUUACCGUACAAUGUCACUAUGCAAAUGUAUGUAGGAGAGCUUUGUAUACGCAGUUACGCAUACGGGGAAGGGGUGUCCUCUCCACAUAAUCCGCUUUCCCCAUCAGCCUCGCGCCAGUUUCGCCAAAGAUGGUUCUACGCAUGUGAGUGUACACACGCGGCACUUUCUCUUGAAGCUCGCCACUGGCUUUUAAAGAGGGUGAAGGGUGGCAGGGGGUGGCUAGAGGGCGAGCCGUUCCGAACGGGUAACCACGGGGGCAGCGGACACAGGCCUUACGUGCGCUACAUAGAAACGGAACCGUAG